GAGCACCCUGUCCUCUUUCACUAUCUACACACAAGCAUCCCCAUGUAGCAGGCUGUGCCUCUCCCCAGUAUGUCUCCCCCUCCCCUGCUACAUUCCCUGUCAUCACUGCAACCCAGAUGGGAUUUGGAGGAGCAGGAGAGUGAAAGGUGGGGCAAGGGGGCUCAGAGCUGCAGGGAUAGCCUGAAAUUAUGGAACCUGCAAGCCCAGGGCUCAGCCCCCGGCUAAGAGAGGAUGUGAAGCUGCACCCAGCCUGCCUUCGCCACCCUGCCAAGCCCCAGCUGGCAUCCUGUUCCCCUCCCUCAAAGUCCCAGCCCUCCCCUCUGGAUUGGGGCGCUGUCUCCUCCCCCUUGCUCUCCAUCUUUAUGCAGUCUGCAGAGGUGCAUUGUGGGAAACUCCCAAGUUAUUCCUCCCCCCCCCCCUUUUCUGCCUUCCUCCCUCCUCUCUGCGCAAGAGCCAGCUCCCAAGGUGGGAUUCCUGCAGCCAGAGGACAGAAGGUGCUGUAUCAUGCCCAGGUAGGACACCGCCAGUGUUAAUAACCAUCUCCAGAGGACCGCUCCGAGGGACUGAGCCCAGGUAGUGCCUCUGCUUUCUCCAGCAAAGGAGAAGACCUGGGAGAGCCUCACCCUGGUGGUGUCCAGCCACAGCCCCCAGCGCUCGUAGCGAUGGAUUCCAAAGGCAACGUCCGAAGCGGAAACAAACCUGACGCCAAGGCCCCCAGCUCUGGGAAGGCAGAAAAGCCCAAUCCUGGGCCCGCCACAAAUGCAGACAAGAAGGAGGUCCCCAAGGAGCAGCCAGCUCCUGCCACCGCCACCUCUGCCGCCAAGAAGACGGGAGGCGACGGCGCCGUCGUGAACAACCACAGCACCCCGAAACCCAGCCCCGCCGCCCCCGAGACGCAAGAGGCCCCCGGGCAGUCCCCUGACUCUGACCACAAGGGAAACAGCUCGGAGGAGUCCCCAGGCAGCUUCUUCGACACCAUGAAGCCCUUGAUGAUCGUGGGAGGAGUGGCGGUGGCCGCGCUGGCCGUGAUUGUGGGAGUGGCGUUCCUAGCCCGGAAAAAAUGAAGACCAAGAUGGGGGGGUGAGGGAUGAGCAAACCCAGCCCAGCUGUACAGCUCCUUUUGAGACAAAUGCAUGCAGAGCAAUUCUAUACUUAUCUAUAUCUAUAGAGAGAGCGAGCUAGAUAGGUCAACAACCAACUGCAACUCCAAGGGUCUUGUUCAAGACAGCGCCAGUUUGACCCCGAGUGGGUAACUCCAUGCACUUGGUGUGUUUGUUCAUGUAAUAUAUCUCGGCUUAUUCCACUGUGGAUAGAUGACAGCUUCUGCUGACUGGUGUCAAUGACGGUGUCCCCUCCCCUCCCCUGCUGUUUUCCCCUGGAGACUCCCCACCUCCCUUCCCCUCCUCCUGCAAUCCCCUGUUUUCAAGUCCAACGUGUUCUGUGUCCCAUUCAGAGUCCCCCUCCUUUCCUGCUUUGUGUUUGGGUUUCUGUUUGGUUUGGUUUGAAGUUGGGUUGUGGUGAAGGUGAUGUAAGGGGGAGAUGGAGCCUUGUGUUAAGACUCAGCUCGCCCAUCGUUGUGUGUUGGGCUGUACUCAGCACCCCCCUGGGAAGCAGGAGGCAAAAGGCAGCUCCUCGACCCAACCAGCAAAGUGUGAUCUCUGGUCAGUGUCUCGUGUACCUGCUGCUCAUCAGCACACCCUGACAAACCCAGCUGGAAAGGGCCCUGGAGCGAAUGGGCAGGCUGCAGCAUGCAGGGGCUGAGCAUGCAACCUGGGACGUCACAUCAAGAAGAAAUUCCUUACAGUGAGGGUGGUGAAACACUGGAACAGGAUGCCCGGGGAAGCUGUGGAUAUCCCCUCCCUGGAGGUGUUCAAGGUCAGGUUGGAUGGGUCCUUGAGCAAGCUGGGCUAGUGGGAGGUGUCCCUGCCAAUGGUGGGGAGGUUGGAAGAAGAUGAUCUUUAAGGUCCCCUCCCACACAAACCAUUCAGUGAUUCUCUGAAGCUCUGGCUGAGCUGCCACCUUGGGAGGUGAGCAGAGAGGCUGUGUUGUGACCAACAGCAGAUAGCAGCAGCAGCAGCAGCACAUGGGGGUAGCUGGAGAAGUCCUGUGCAGACCUCAGGCAGCAGCUGCCCUCUGCUUGGUGUCUUGCACGUUGGCAGCCUUCAGGAUCCCAUGGCUUGCUGAGGUCAUAUUGUGGGUGUCUGGGCUUUGUUUUGGAUCUAGUAUUUCCUGAAGUUAGGCUGGGCUUUGCAGGGUGCUGUGGUCUCAGCCCAAAUGUCUUCAAGGUCAGCUGGACUCUUUCUGUCCAUUUCUUUGGGCUGUGCAUCAGGCUUUCAUCUGAUUCCCCCACCCCUGCACUGAAGGCACUUGGUACCUGAGGAAGUGGAGAAAAAGGGAGAUGUGAGCUAAUUUUAGGGGCAGAGAGGAUCUAGGACCUCAUGAGAGUAACACUGACCUGCUUCAUACCAUGGAAGCCUUGUUCAAGGGCAGUCUGUCCUGUGGUAGGUUCUUACCUUCCUUCUGUGACAAGAAACAGGAAUUUAUGACUUCUCCAAGCUUUGGGAAUGGAAACAAGUUCCCAGUCCCCAGGAAUUGGCUGGUUUCACUGCUGAGUGCCUUGGCUCUGAAGCCAGGUUUUGUGAGGGAGAGGAAGCAGGCAAUGAGAGAGGGCAUUUGCUGCAUUGGUUGGUGAUGUUCUCCUAACACAAGAAAUGGGCAGAUCUUGCUCUGAAAGACUCCAUUAGGCCACCUUUGCUGCUGUGUUACUACCAAAUAACCCCCCCCAAAAAAAGCUUGCAAAAAGGACCUCACAUUUUGGGGGUUUAAUUAGGUCAGAGACUAGCUGAGGUCAGAGCCACAGAGGCUCCAGAGCUCAGCAGCAGUUGCAGCCUGUGGGCAGGGCUUUGGGAGCGAUGAUCAGCAAGAGGUGGUGAAAAGGUGAAGUUGCAGUUGGAUGUUUAGAUCUGGUGGCUGCAGGGCCAGAGGAAGGUCUUUCUCUGUGUUCCUUUGCAGUAUCAGCUUCCAGCCUGACCACUGGGCAGGAUGGUGGCUGUGCAGAACCUCGUGGGGCAAUUCUCUUGGCUCCACAUCUCUCUGAUUUACCUCCAGAGCUGCUCUGCCCACCUUCCCCAAACAAAGCCUGCCCAGUGAGCUUUGCCAUCCUCUUUUCCCCAAGGCUCAUAGAACAUUGCCAGAGGUGCACAGCCCCUGAGACUAUCAGGUGGUGUCUUCUGAGGGAUGACUUGCUGCGUGCAGCUGAAGUGUGAUGUCUGUCUCUACCCCUACAGAGACAGGCAGGGGCAUACUGGUUUUUGGAAGGAGUGCUACAGCCUCAGGUGAGAUGCUGGUGGCUUAAAGCAGCCUCUGAAUGUGAUGUGGACAAUAUCUCUUGGUAGAAGUAGGUCACAGCCUGGAGAGCUUCCUUGGUUUGAAGCAGUGGUGGAGUGUUCCUGUAAUGCCACCUUUGUCUGGAGAACUGCUUUUCCCUCAGCCUGUUUUGCAGAUAUUCAGAGGUUAUUUCAGGGGGGAAUGGGAGAGUAAAGAACAGGAGAGGAAGAGGAAAGGUGUUUGGAGAGAGAGGUGUGAGAGAACAGAGCUCCAGAGCAGCCCCGGCGUGGCUCCCUUGCAGUGACAGCAGCAGUGGUUGCGAGAGGAUGUGGAGAGGCUGAUGUGUCUAGAUAAAAGUUCUGGGAGGGCUGCAGUGCCCCCAGACCCUAGACACAUCCUCUUGCCAUCCUGGGGUGAGACCAGGUCCCCCUGAGACCGAGCAUUCUGGUGUCCCACAAGAGAAAAUUGGAUGCUCAAGCCAGAACAACUGCAGUGGGGUCCUGCCAGGAACCUGAUCUCCAGCACUGGGUGACCUUUGUCCACUGGGUGCAGAGCAACAUGUCCAAGCUACUGGGGUUUGGAUGUGGGGAUGGCUGUUCCUGGGCUCCUCUCCCCUCAGAUCUCUGAGGCACAAAGCUGUUGGCUGCAGGGAAAUUUCUCUCCUGAGGGGGGGAAGUUGGUCACUCCUGCUCCCAUUCCUGUUUGGGCAAAGCAGGGUGGUGAUUUUUAGGCAGUGACUUCUGUUUGCAGUUGGGAAACCCAUCUUCAACAGGUGCUGCAAGAGUCCUGUCUGCUCCCUCCUCUCAGCCCUGCCAUGUGAUAAGCUUUUCUACAGAGAUGGCAUCUCUGUUCUGUCCUGAGCAGCACAGAUACGGGGGGAGAAAAAAAGCACUUGCUUCACCUGACUCUCCUGUUUUACUCUCUGCAAGUGUUUUUAUUUCCUUGGCUUAACCUCUGGCAACAGAAGAGGAGAAAACCAGUUCACAGCCAACCAUUUCUGUCCACCUCCAAAGCCUUCUUGCCUUUCCAGCACUCUAAACCCAGUAAUUCCACCCGGGACCAUGCCACAGAGAAGGCGAUGGGACUGCAGCUCCUCAGCUGGGUAUGUCACCGUGAUGAGCAACUAUGUGCCCUGUCCAUAGGGGUGCUCCACCUGCUGUGAUCAUUUAAUGUUGGUGUCUGCUGCCCAGAUUUCCUACUUGGAACCCACCUCCUUGGCAGUUUGGUUUGGAAAACACUUUGUGUGUGUGUAUGUGUGUGUACACCACCCUGCCUUGCCAGAUCUUCUGCAUACGUACUUAGAUGUUUGUAUUCCUGCAGUCUGGGGAGGAAAGACCAAGCCAACCCAGAGAAGACCUUUCAUUUACCCCUUGCAUUCACACACAAAGUGUCCUGUGAUGUCUUUUUGUUCGUUUGGGGUUGUUUCUUUUGUUUGUUUGGUUGGGGUUUUGGGUGCCACCCCCAUCAUGCUAUGCAGCACCUCAAUUCCCAGUUCCUUCUCAGUGCCAGCAAACUGCUGAAGAAACUACAGCACAGGAAGUUCCACCUCAACAUGAGGAGGAGCUUCUUUACUGUAAGGGUCACAGAGCACUGGAACAGGCUCCCCAGAGAGGUUGUGGGGUCUCCUUCUCUGAAGACUUUCCAAUCCUGUCUGGAUGCUUUCCUGUGCGACCUGCGCUAGAUUCUGUGGCCCUGCUCUGGCAGGGGGGUUGGCUUCCAUCCAUGGAGGUCCCUUCCAACCCCUAACAUCCUGUGAUCCUGUAAUGUGUGGUGUGCCCCUUGUGCUAGAAGCUCAAAGUUACAGUUCCCCCUCCCCAGAUUAGUUGUGUGGGCUACUUGCUUUAAAAUCAGGCACUUCUAGACUCUGCUGGGCUGUGUGGUAGUAGCUUUUCCAAGUGUGGGUCUAAGUGUUGAGUCGGGUAGCUCAAGUGUAGAUGCCACACCAUCCUGACAUGCCAAUGCCAUCCUCUUAGCAAACACCUCCUGUUCUGCCUUAAUGUGCCAGGCUGUGCAGUGGUUUCAUUGGGAGGGAACAAAAAAGCAACAACAACACAAAAGAGAUGUCCCAGCGAGAAGUAGGCUGAGAAAGGGCAAAAUUCUCCUCUCUCGGAGCCGAGUUGAGAUUGGAACCAAACUCUGUCAAAGGAGAGGGCAUUAACUGACUGACCUCGCUGUGCUGAAUAAAUAGUUGUCUUUUCUCCUGCUGAGCACACGCUGCUA